CUCCCCAGACCUUGCAUUCACUAUAUCCGGUCUCCCAGGACCCUGCAUCCACUAUAUCUGGUCUCCCCAGACCCUGCAUCCACUAUAUCUGGUCUCCCCGGACCCUGCAUCCACUAUAUCUGGUCUCCCGGACCCUGCAUUCACUAUAUCUGGUCUCCCCAGACCCUACAUUCACUAUAUCUGGUCUCCCUGGACCCUGCAUCCACUAUAUCUGGUCUCCCCGGACCCUGCAUCCACUAUAUCUGGUCUCCCCGGACCCUGCAUUCACUAUAUCGGUCUCCCCGGACCCUGCAUCCACUAUAUCUGGUCUCCCCGGACCCUGCAUUCACUAUAUCCAGUCUCCAACAGUACACACAACAUGGAAAUGCAAUUAUUUUA